AAAUGCCAAAAUGGUGAACGUUACGAAAGGAAUCCUAGUUGAAUGUGAUGCUGCUAUGAAACAACUUCUUCUACAUUUGGACGAAACUAACGCGCUAGGAAACAAAUUCAUUCUUCAAGACUUGGAUGAAACUCACUUGUUCAUUGCUCCUGAAUAUUUAGAAGUUUUACAAACGAGAAUCGACGAUUUGAUGGAUAGGAUUAGUUUUCCUUUGGCCGAAAGGGAAACUGAUUAA